GGGCGGCGCAUGCGCAGGCGCACGAGUCUCCGUUAAGAAGGUGCCGCGGCAGCGCCGGAGAUGUGAAAUUAAGUGAACCAUAUAUGUUUCAUUAUCAUGGAGAUCUUGGAGAAUUAUCUGAGCACCAGGUUCAUAUGUAUUCGAUCUCAGAGGCAUCUAUUGGACAACAAAACACUCUUUCAGUUGUGAACUUUAUUUAUUUAUUUAUUAUUAUUUUUUUUUGAGACAGAGUUUUGCUCUUGUUGCCCAGGUUAGAGUGCAGUGGCACGAUCUCAGCUCACUGCAAUCUCCGCCUCCCAGGUUCAAGGGAUUCUCUUGCCUCUGCCUCCCGAGUAGCUGGGAUUACAGGCGUCUGCUACCACGCCUGGCCAAUUUUUUGUAUUUUCAGUUGAAACGAGGUUUCACCAUAUUGGCCAGGCUGGUCUCGAACUUCUGACCUCAGGUGAUCCACCCCCCCGCCUCGUCCUCCAAAAGAGCUGGGAUUACAAGUGUGAGCCACCGCGCCCGGCCCAGUUGUGGACUUUAACAGAGGGAAGCUUUAAACAUGUUUAACCACAGGCCCAAUUUGAACAAAGAUGCUUCAAUCAUUAUAGAGAGGAAAACAGUACUUUCUGUUCAACUGUGCAAACUCUCCAAGUAUCUAAUGGAGAAGUAGAGAGGAACCCUAAUGAAACUGAGUGUGAAUGAGGCUCAGCUAGGCUUCUACUUGGGUUCACUGUCUCAUCUGUCUGCCUGUCCUGGGAUUGACCCUCGCUCCUCUGAAGACCAGCCUGAAAGACUUAAAACUUGUCAGAUGAUGGAUGAGUCUGAUGAGGACUUUAAAGAACUCUGCGCUAGCUUUUUCCAAAGGGUGAAAAAACAUGGAAUCAAGGAAGUGUCAGGAGAAAGGAAGACACAAAAGGCCACCUCAAACGGCACUCAGAUAAGAAGCAAAUUGAAAAGGACCAAACAAACCACUACCAAGACCAAAACCCUUCAAGGCCCUGCAGAGAAGAAACCUCCAUCUGGCAGCCAGGCCCCUAGGACUAAAAAGCAAGGGGCAACCAAAUGGCAAGCAAGUGAACCAGCCCUCUCUGUGAAUGGGGAGGGGGGUGUACUUGCCUCUGCUCCAGAUCCGCCUGUGCUCUGGGAAACAGCACAAAACACCCAGACGGGUAACCAGCAAGAACCAUCGCCAAACCUUUCCAGAGAGAAAACCAGAGAGAAUGUGCCCAACAGCGACUCCCAGCCUCCUCCUUCCUGUUUGACAACAGCAGUGCCAAGUCCCUCCAAACCCCGCACAGCACAAUUGGUCCUACAGCGAAUGCAGCAGUUCAAGAGAGCAGACCCCGAGCGUUUGAGACACGCUUCAGAAGAGUGCUCCCUCGAGGCUGCGCGGGAAGAAAAUGUCCCAAAGGAUCCUCAAGAGGAGAUGAUGGCGGGGAAUGUGUAUGGGCUUGGGCCCCCUGCCCCAGAGAGCGACGCUGCGGUGGCCUUGACCCUGCAGCAGGAGUUUGCACGGGUAGGAGCAUCGGCACAUGAUGAUAGCCUGGAGGAAAAGGGUUUGUUCUUCUGCCAGAUUUGUCAAAAGAACCUCUCAGCCAUGAACGUGACCCGAAGGGAACAGCAUGUGAACAGGUGCUUGGAUGAAGCUGAAAAGACACUAAGACCUUCUGUGCCUCAGAUCCCUGAGUGCCCGAUUUGUGGGAAACCGUUUCUUACCUUAAAGAGCAGAACCAGUCACUUGAAGCAGUGUGCUGUGAAGAUGGAGGUUGGCCCCCAGCUCCUGCUGCAGGCUGUGCGGCUGCAGACAGCACAGCCUGAGGGUAGCAGCAGCCCACCCGUGUUCAGCUUCAGUGAUCACAGUAGAGGUCUGAAACGGAGAGGACCCACCAGCAAGAAGGAGCCACGGAAGAGGCGGAAGGUGGACGAGGCACCGUCCGAGGACCUGCUGGUGGCCAUGGCUCUGUCCCGGUCAGAGAUGGAGCCGGGUGCAGCUGUGCCAGCGCUCAGGCUGGAAAGUGCCUUUUCUGAGAGGAUAAGACCAGAAGCAGAGAAGAAAAGUCGCAAGAAGAAACCCCCGGUGUCCCCCCCAUUGUUGUUAGUCCAGGACUCUAAAACCACAGGCCGACAGAUAGAGGACCGUGUGGCCCUGCUCCUCUCUGAGGAAGUGGAAUUGUCUAGCACGCCACCACUUCCUGCCAGCAGGAUUUUAAAGGAAGGGUGGGAAAGAGCGGGCCAGUGUCCUCCUCCACCUGAACGCAAGCAGAGCUUUCUGUGGGAGGGCAGCGCACUGACUGGGGCCUGGGCCGUGGAGGACUUCUACACGGCCAGGCUGGUCCCUCCUCUCGUGCCCCAGCGGCCUGCCCAGGGCCUCAUGCAGGAGCCCGUGCCGCCUCUGGUGCCACCUGAGCACUCAGAGCUGAGCGAGCGAAGGUCACCCGCUCUCCAUGGCACCCCCACUGCAGGCUGUGGCUCCAGGGGCCCGUCGCCUUCGGCCAGCCAGAGGGAGCACCAGGCCCUGCAGGACCUCGUGGACCUGGCGAGGGAGGGACUGAGCGCCAGCCCGUGGCCCGGCAGUGGGGGCCUGGCUGGCUCGGAAGGGACUGCAGGGUUGGACGUGGUGCCCGGCGGCCUUCCUCUGACUGGGUUUGUGGUGCCAUCGCAGGACAAGCACGCGGACAGGGGCGGCCGCACCUCGCUCUCCCUCGGGCUGCUGGUUGCUGACUUUGGCGCCAUGGUCAAUAACCCACACCUGAGUGACGUCCAGUUUCAGACGGACAGUGGGGAGGUGCUUUACGCCCACAAGUUCGUGCUUUAUGCCCGAUGCCCGCUCCUCAUCCAGUAUGUGAACAAUGAAGGCUUCUCCGCUGUAGAGGACGGGGUUCUGACCCAGCGUGUCCUGCUGGGUGACGUGAGCACCGAGGCCGCCCGCACGUUCCUGCACUAUCUCUACACUGCGGACACUGGCCUUCCUCCUGGCCUUAGCUCUGAGCUGAGCUCCCUGGCCCACAGGUUUGGCGUGAGUGAGCUCGUUCACCUGUGCGAACAGGUGCCUAUUGCCACGGACUCAGAGGGCAAACCAUGGGAGGAGAAGGAAGCAGAGAAUUGCGAAAGCAGGGCCGAGAAUUUCCAGGAACUCUUGAGGUCAAUGUGGGCAGAUGAAGAGGAGGAAGCGGAGACUUUGUUGAAAUCCAAGGACCACGAAGAAGAUCAAGAAAACGUGAAUGAAGCAGAAAUGGAAGAAAUUUAUGAAUUUGCAGCUACUCAGCGAAAGCUGCUCCAGGAAGAAAGGGCAGCGGGUGCCGGCGAGGACGCUGACUGGCUGGAGGGUGGCAGUCCGGUUUCUGGGCAGCUCCUAGCAGGUGUCCAGGUGCAGAAACAGUGGGACAAGGUGGAGGAGAUGGAGCCGUUGGAGCCAGGAAGAGAUGAGGCCGCCACCACCUGGGAGAAGGUGGGACAGUGCGCUCUCCCGCCACCCCAGGGCCAGCACUCAGGGGCACGGGGAGCAGAGGCCCCUGAGCAGGAGGCGCCAGAGGAGGCGCUUGGCCAUUCCAGCUGCUCCAGCCCUUCCAGGGACUGCCGGGCAGAGAGAAAAGAAGGCUCUCUUCCGCACUCAGAUGAUUCUGGGGAUUACGAACAGCUCUUCUUAUCAACUCAGGGAGAGAUCUCAGAGCCGUCCCAAAUAACAAGUGAGCCCGAGGAACAAAGUGGCGCUGUCAGGGAAAGGGGGCUGGAGGUUUCUCAUCGCCUGGCUCCCUGGCAGGCGUCUCCACCGCACCCGUGCCGCUUCCUAUUGGGGCCUCCCCAGGGCGGGAGUCCCCGCGGGUCUCAUCACACAAGUGGGUCGUCCCUGUCAACACCCUGGUCCCGUGGCGGAACUUCCCAGGUGGGCUCCCCAACCUUGCUGUCUCCAGCUGUGCCAUCAAAGCAGAAAAGGGACAGGAGCAUCCUCACGCUGUCUAAAGAGCCAGGGCACCAGAAAGGAAAAGAGCGUCAGUCCGUGCUGGAGUGCAGAAAUAAGGGGGUCCUGAUGUUCCCAGAAAAAUCUCUGUCUAUUGACCUAACCCAGUCAAAUCCUGAUCAUUCGAGCUCCAGAUCUCAGAAAUCUUCAUCCAAACUGAACAAAGAAGAUGAGGUCAUCCUCUUACUGGACUCGGAUGAGGAGCUGGAGCUAGAACAAACCAAAAUGAAGUCCAUUUCUAGUGACCCUCUGGAAGAAAGGAAAGCUCUAGAAAUUAGCCCUAGGUCCUGUGAGCUGUUUUCCAUCAUUGAUGUUGAUGCAGAUCAGGAACCUUCCCAGAGCCCACCAAGAAGCGAAGCUGUGCUGCAGCAGGAGGAUGAGGGGGCGCUGCCGGAGAAUCGGGGCUGUUUGGGCAGCAGAGGGGCUCCCUGGCUGUUCUGUGACCGUGAGAGCAGCCCCAGCGAGGCCAGCACCACAGACACCUCGUGGCUGGUGCCCGCCACCCCGCUGGCCAGCAGAAGCCGCGACUGUUCUUCCCAGACCCAAAUCAGCAGCCUCAGGAGCGGGCUGGCCGUGCAGGCGGUGACUCAGCACACGCCCAGGGCCUCAGUAGGAAACAGGGAAGGGAAGGAAGCUGCACAGAAGUUUUCUGUCAUCAGGCCCCAGACACCACCGCCCCAGACACCGUCCUCAUGCCUCACUCCCGUCUCUCUAGGAACUUCUGACAGCAGAAGGCAAGGCCACAGAAGCCCUUCCCGUCCCCACCCCGGGGGCCACCCGCACUCCUCUCCGCUGGCUCCACAUCCCGUCUCAGGGGACCGCGCCCACUUCAGCAGGCGGUUCCUGAAACACUCGCCGCCUGGGCCAAGCUUCCUGAACCAGACCCCAGCGGGUGAAGUGGUGGAAGUCGGAGACAGUGACGAUGAGCAGGAGGUGGCCUCCCAUCAGGCCAACAGCAGCCCCCCACUGGACAGUGACCCCCCAAUUCCAAUUGACGACUGCUGCUGGCACAUGGAGCCCCUCUCGCCAAUUCCCAUUGACCACUGGAACCUGGAGCGGACCGGCCCCCUGAGCACCAGCAGCCCCAGCCGCAGGAUGAAGGAGGCCGCCGACAGCCGUGACUGUCGCUCCCCGGGACUCCUGGACACCACCCCCAUCCGAGGAAACUUCACUACCCAGAGGAAAUUGCAAGAGAAGUCCUCGGGCGCGGGCUCCCCGGGGAACAGCAGGCCGAGCUUUCUGAAUUCGGCUCUGUGGGACGUUUGGGACGGGGAAGAGCAGAGGCCUCCAGAGACCCCUCCUCCGGCCGAGAUGCUAAGCGCUGGUGGAGCUCAGAAGCCCGAUGGGUUAGAGACACCCAAAGGUGCUAAUCGGAAGAAGAACUUGCCCCCCAAAGUGCCCAUAACGCCGAUGCCACAGUAUUCCAUUAUGGAGACGCCGGUGCUGAAGAAGGAACUGGAUAGGUUUGGAGUCCGCCCUCUGCCUAAACGCCAGAUGGUUCUGAAGCUGAAGGAGAUAUUCCAGUACACUCACCAGACCCUGGACUCAGACUCCGAGGACGAGAGCCAGUCCUUACAGCCGCUAUUGCAGGCGCCUCGCUGCCAGACCCUCGCCUCCCAGACCCACAAGGCUUCAAGGGCAGGGGUCCAUGCCCAGCAGGAGGCCACCACAGGACCUGGGGCCCAUAGGCCCAAGGGACCUGCUAAGACCAAGGGCCCCCGACAUCAAAGGAAGCAUCAUGAAAGCAUCACACCCCCAAGCAGGUCGCCCACCAAGGAGGCACCUCCAGGCCUCGAUGAUGACGCCCAGAUCCCAGCCUCUCAAGAAUCCGUGGCCACCUCUGUGGAUGGCAGUGACAGCUCCUUGAGCUCACAGAGUUCUUCCUCCUGUGAGUUUGGAGCGGCAUUUGAGUCUGCAGGUGAAGAGGAGGGCGAGGGGGAGGUCAGUGCCUCGCAGGCAGCCGUGCAGGCGGCGGACACAGACGAGGCGCUGAGGUGCUACAUCCGCUCCAAGCCGGCCCUGUACCAGAAGGUGCUGCUGUACCAGCCCUUUGAGCUGCGGGAGCUGCAGGCAGAGCUGAAGCAGAACGGCCUCCGUGUGUCCUCGCGCAGGCUGUUGGACUUCCUGGACACCCACUGUAUCACCUUCACCACUGCUGCCACCCGCAGGGAGAAGCUCCAGGGCAGGAGGCGGCAGCCUCGGGGCAAGAAGAAGGUGGAGCGGAACUGAUGGGGCCGUCCCGACCCCACCCCAACCUGCCAUCAGCAGCCCCCACCCCCGCCAUUUGCAGGGAGGACCUGGGACACCCAGCGUGGGUCAGGCCUCCACAGGCAUUUCUGGGCCUGGGGACCACAUCAGCUCUGCACUGUGAUGAUGACCACAGCCCAAUCCCGGGCUACCUCCUCUGGGCUCUGCUUUCUAGGGUGGCAUUUGGAGCAUGUCACCCACUGGAUUUAGAGACUCCAGCCCCUUCCUCUGUCCGUGCUCACAGUGUGUCUCCCUUUUUGAUUUUCUUUUUUUUUUUCUUUUUGAGACAGUCUCGCUGUGUCACCUAGGCUGGAGUGCAGUGGCACAAUCUCGGCUCACUGCAACCUCCACCUCCCGGGUUCAAGCAAUUCUCCUGCCUCAGCCUCCCAGAUAGGUGGGACUACAGGCACACGCUGCCACGCCCAGCUAAUUUUUUAUAUUUUAGUAGAAACGGGGUUUCACCGUGUUGCUCAGGCUGGUCACAAACUCCAGAGGUCAGGCCAUCCGCCUUGCUGCGGCCUCCCAAAGUGCUGGGAUUACAGGCGUGAGCCACUGCGCCAAGUCCAGUGUGUCUCCCUUUAACCCAAUAGGGCCCUCAGGUGUCCCAGGGGGCAGUGGGCCAUCACCAGCUGGCCAGGGCAUGGCCUAUUCUGCCACAUUUGCCACCCUCUGAGCCCACCAGUCCUGGGCACAGCUGCCCUACACAUCUGUCCUGAGAUGGACAUCAGGUCCAGCCUGCCCCAGCAGCCUGGGCCCGUCCUCCUCAGCACUCAGGCCAACCCCAGCCACCACCAGCCUGAGACCAGGUGUCCUGAGGCUCCCUGCACUGCCACAGCCCAGAUGCAGUUCUCCUGACCCAGCCGUGCUACCCGGACACUUGUCAUUGUUACCAGCAGUCUCCAAACUGGACAGUGCACAAGGGCCCAGAACAACUCUGAUGCCACCACAAAACAAACAUGUUCACUAGCGGGUUCCAUUCUUUGGGUUAAAGCUGCCUGCAGCCUCAGGAGCAGUGUGGAGGAAGAUGAGGGCCAGGAAAGAAGGAAACCUUGGUUUCUCCAUCCUUAUGAAUGUCCUUGUCUGUUUCAAAUACAGUGCAGUCAGUUUUAUAUGAUGUGCAAUAAACCAAAAAGGCUUUAUUAAAA